AUGGCCUUCCCCAAAUUACGACCUCUUUACUCAGCCUUCAAUGUUCUAGCCAUCCUUCAUCUCUUAAUUUUCUGGCCCUCUGAAUUCACUGCUAGUGGUUAUACUACUCAUCUCAUUCCCCUUGAUUCGCCUUUAUCACCAUUCUACAAUCCAUCGAUCACCAACUUUGAUCGGUUGCAUGAUGCUUUCAAACGCUCAUUGAAGCGUGCCAACCAUUUCAAAUCAACCAUAGUCCGCAAAAGCAAAAUAGAGGCCCCUAUGAAUCUUGGUGGUGGAGAGUAUCUCAUGAAAAUGUCCCUUGGAACUCCACCUGUUGAAGUAAUUGGAAUAGUUGAUACAGGUAGUGAUCUAAUUUGGACACAAUGUCUUCCAUGCAUAGAAUGUUACAACCAAACUCUUCCACUCUUUAAUCCUCUUCAUUCCUCAUCAUACCAUAACAUACCAUUCCAAUCUAGUUUUUGCAAUGCACUAGAAAAACCAAUUUGUGGCCACAAUUCAAAAUGUGUGUAUAGUUAUUCUUAUGGGGAUGGUUCUCACACUGCUGGAAACAUUGCCACUGAAACUUUAACAUUAGGCAAUGGUACCAAUUCAGUUUCAUUUCCAAAUAUUGUAUUUGGAUGUGGACAUAAUACUAGUGGCACUUUUGAUGAAUCAGGAUCUGGCAUAAUUGGUCUUGGUGGUGGCAAGCUUUCACUUAUUUCUCAAUUGGGUAGCAAAAAAUUCUCCUAUUGUUUAAUACCCUCAUCUAUUAACUCCACCAGCAAGAUAAGUUUCGGUAAUGAUGCUUUGGUUUCUGGCUCUGGAGUGGUUACAACUCCUAUUGCAACAAAGAACAUUGAUACCUUUUACUACCUUUCAUUGGAGGGCUUUAGUGUAGGAAACAAGAGAAUUGCAUAUAACAUUGACACACAGAAGAUUGAGGGAAAUAUCAUUAUUGAUUCUGGGACAACAUUAACACAUCUUCCAUUAAAUGUUUUUGAUGAUUUGGUAUUAGCCUUGAACAAACUAAUACAUGUUCCAAGGGUGGAAGACCCCAAUGGUGUACUUAGCCUUUGUUAUAAAAAUGAUGGGGACAAUAUGGGACUUCCAAUUAUCACAGCACAUUUCAAGGGAUGUGAUGUGAAGCUGCAACCUUGGAAUACGUUCUCAUUGGUGGAGGAUGAUGUGCUAUGUUUCACAAUGCUUCCUGACCCUGAUAUUGCUAUUUAUGGAAACUUGGCUCAGAUGAACUUCUUAAUAGGAUAUGAUCUCGAGGCUGGUACUGUGUCUUUUAAGCCAAGUGAUUGUACCAAGGAACACUAA